GGGCUAAGGGGAUCCUGCAUCAAAACCCACUGCCCCAUGUUGCUCAUGAGGGGGACCUUAUCCCAGGCUCCCCCUGCAUGCCCUCCCCUGGCUGGAAACCCCAUCAGCUGGCCAGGAGUCCCCAUCCCCCAGCACGUGGGGAUCUGGAAAGGCUCCAAGGCUGGGUACUGGCCACACCUUCAAUUAAGGGCAUAAUAACCAGCCACAAAGUAAUGACACAUAACAUCAUAACUCUGUGGCUGAGCCCUCGUUUUAUGACUCCAUUAAUUGACAGAAUGUGCGGCCAGGUCGCUACUUACAAUAUGAUUAAUCAGUCUGAAGUGUAACAUCUGUGAGGGGCCCACGAAUAAAUUUGAUCUAAUUAUUAAAUGCAAGAACCGAUCCUCUCGUAGCUAUCAGUCGCGUUGUCCCAAGACACCAAUACUUACCACAGGUGAAACAAGGGGUCACAGUGGUAUUGAAAGCACCCAGUUUUAUUUUUUUCCCCCCCCAUCAGUGAUUCUUUUUCUCGGGAUGAAAUUCUUACUCUAGGGCCAAAUUUUCUGGAUUAUUUUUCUUUAUAUUUUUUUUUCUCCUAAAUGUCAAGAACAGCGGGGGACGAGGACUUUACAGCAACUCUAGUGGGUGGCAAUGGACUGCUUGCCCUAGCACAAACCAUGCAGUAAUGGUGCUUCAUGAGAGCUCUUCUGCUCUUCACAAGACUUUCUCUCGCUGUCUCAUGGGGAGCUGUGGAGGGUUACCCAAUUUUACAAUGGGCGAAGAAGGAAGCCAAAGUGCAGAGAGAUCAAAUGAAUUCCCUACAGGCAGUUAGUCUCAUGAUUUGAAGCCACCCUUCUCAUAACAUGAUCCAGUCCAGCAGCACUUGACUUGCAAGCUUGGUUUUACUGUGUUUUUCUGGCCGGGUGGGAAUUGAUAACAACCUCAUUAAAUGUGAUUGUUUAAAGAGCUGGAUGCAGUGUUCAGCUAAAACAGGCAGCAAAUAACUUGGGUUAUGAGAUGGUUGAUGUAAUCCAGUCCUGGGACAGCAGCUCUGGCUAGGCACUGAAGGACCCAAAUCACCAGUUACUUUUAAAGUCACAACAACAUUGGCACCUAUAAAUGUCUGGUGCAAGCACCCUCCAGUUCUACUCCAGUGGAAGUGCUCCUAACAUUUAAUAGCAGACUUGUUGCACUGUUGGUUGCAUGUCCUACAGAAAAGGAAAGAAAAAGAAGAAAGUUUGGUUUGUUUUUUAACAUUUGUCAUGAAGAGUCCCAUGUGAUAAGUUGAAGAUCAGCUGCAAAAGAGCUCUUUGCUCCUUCGGAGAGGACUCCUUAGACUUUCUGGUCUUUUGGGAUCUUUUGUAUUGACUCUUAACAGAUCCUUUGGGAGCGUGUCACUUGUUAGUCUUACCUCCUCUAGAACUAGCACUAGUCCUGCCAUCCCUCCCCUCUUCCCUUCCAAUUCAGCCACCAACAGUGGUUUUCAACCUUUUUUCACUUGCGGACUCGUAAAAACUUUUGAAUGGAGGAGUGGACCCCUUCAUAAAUUUUGAAUAGAGGGGCAGACCCCUUUGAAUUGCAAGUGCGAGUAUUCACAUAAUUUUAAUUGAUCAUCAUCCUCUUUCGUGGACACCUUAGAUGUACCACAGGUUGAAAGCCACAGCUCUUGAAUAUCUAACUUCAUUGCAGAAUUAGUCACCAUGAUCUCUGGAUUCCUUGUUCGUAACAGCAAGAUUCAGGCCUUUGCUUAAAUUCACCUUUGAGGAAGCAGUCUCACACAAAGACCCCUACCCACUUUGUGGUUUUGCACUUGUUCUUCAAAACAAUGGUCUAUCUUUGGGUUAUUAAUUUCCUUUCAGCCCUUGGAAUUGAGAUUUAUAGGUCAGCUAGGGGUUUCUUUAGCCUUUGUGUCGUAUUUAAUAAACUCUUCCAGAAGGAUCUGGUUUUCUCCCCCUCCCCCCACACCUUUCCCCUUCCUCUGAUAUUGGUCAUGAAUGCACAGAUUACUGUAAAACAGAAAAGCUUCAAGUUUUUUCUGCUAGAUGGAGCAACCUCUGUUCCUCAGCCUCCAAUACUCUGUGUGCGCACUCCAAGCUAGUACGUAAAGUAGUCACAAAUGUCUGUGCUUAUACCUGUAAAUUAUUUCUUCAGAUUGGACAGCUUGUUUUGUAUGAUUUAGAAAUAUCCAGAGCAAUUUUAUAUACAGAAAGAUGUUUCAUCUGCAGUUGUUUAAAAUGCAGUGUUUUUCACUCUCAUCCCAGUUCUUAGUCUGGACUAAUAACAUCUUAAAUAUUUUACCACUUCUGAAAGAAAAAAAAGUCCUAUUUCUUGUCACUCUGUGUGCAAACAUGGAAGAAGCAAUGUUUCAAGUCCAGAGAACUUUUUGAGUGCAAUCAUGACUUGGGGUUUUAUCGGUCCUGGCAUCAUAAGGUGCAAAACAAGAGCCAAGAGCUGUAUCCUCUCCUUUUGCAACUAAGAUAACAUCCUAGCUCUCCUUGGUUUGCAGAGGCAGUGCUUGCAAGUGUCAGCAGUGGUAUGAUCACAUUUCAUAGGUGAUAUCUUCUCCAAGCAGCAGUUCCCUUGAGCAGGGGAAAAAGAAGUCCCUUAAGGAUUUCUCCAUUCGAGUUUAACAGACCUGGGAUCAGGGUGCAUCACCGUCAAAAUGCAUGUAUCUAACCUGGCUUCUCACCUGUUAAAACUUGGUGGUGGCAAAGGGAAAGCGAGGGUGAACACACAGCAUGGAGACACAGAGGGCAAAGACGAGGGCAGUCAGUUGACGGUGUUGCACAGUCAGCUUGUGUAAGCUGGUUAUAAUAGCAGUCCUUCCAAAAAGUAGUUUUGAGUAAUACUUUUGACCUAGGUAGAAAGAUAAUGGGGGCUUGAGAGCAUCUGAAAAGAGGAGAGGGAGGAGCAAGUUUUGCUUUUUUUUAAAGCCUCCAGAUGAUGUCGUGCUGCUUCCCAAGAAAUGCUUUCUGAUGACCCAAAAAAGCUUGAGCCUUGCAGCAGGGUGAGCUUCACCCUGCAGUUACAUUAGCAUUCAGCUGCCUGGGGUGGGAGGCGUCACUACGGUCAGAUGCCAGCUGCUUGCCCAAAGCAGGGCUGUGACCCUUUUGCACAGACCCAGCGCAGCAAGCUGCAGCACCGCCGCGCACGGAUCAACCAGCAGAUCAACAAGGAGAUGAGGAUGAGAGCUGGGGCGGAGAACCUCUUCCGAGCCACCAGUAACCACAAAGUAAAGGAAACAGUAGCCUUGGAGCUCAGCUACGUUAACUCCAACCUGCAGUUACUGAAGGAGGAACUGGAGGAGCUGAACAGCUGCAUGGAUGUGUACCAGAACGACAGUGAAGCUAUCAGCGUGCCUAUGAUUCCUCUGGGACUGAAGGAGACGAAGGAAUUGGACCUGAUGGUACCAUUGAGGGAUUUCAUCUGCGAACACUACGGGGAGGAUGGAGCUUUGUUUGACAAGGAAAUCAGAGAGUUCAUGGAGCUGCGGCAGGCCAUGCGAACACCCAGCCGGAACGAGGCGGGGCUGGAGCUUCUCAUGGAGUAUUACAACCAGCUCUACUUUCUCGACAAUCGGUUCUUCCCUCCCAGUAAAAACCUGGGAGUCUUCUUCCACUGGUACGACUCGCUGACAGGAGUCCCAUCCCAUCAGCGUGCCCUGGCAUUCGAGAAGGGCAGUGUGCUUUUCAACAUUGGGGCUCUGCACACCCAGAUCGGGGCACGCCAGGACCGCACCACACUACAGGGGGUUGAUCGGGCCAUCGACGCCUUUCAGAAGGCAGCUGGUGCAUUUAACUACCUGAAGGAGAACUUCUCCAACGCACCCAGCCUGGACAUGAGUGCCCCCUCCCUCAAUAUGCUGGUGCACCUGAUGAUUGCCCAGGUGCAGGAGUGCGUCUUCGAGAAAGUCACGCUCAUCCACGCCCAGGACGACUUCCUCACUCAGCUGCAGAUCGCACAGGAAGCCGCCAGGGUUGAAGAUGUUUACUCCUUGGUGCAUCAGACCAUGACGCAGGCCCACGUGAAGGGUUACGUUCCUUUCUCCUGGACCACCAUGGUCCACGUCAAGUCGGAGCAUUUCAAGGCCUUGUCCCACUACUACACUGCCAUUGCACUUUGCGACUGCCCCGUGGCAUCUGAUGCCAACCUCCCGGAGCAUGAGAAAGUCUUCAUCCAGUUCCACGUCACCAUGCCAGAGGGACCUUCUCUUCGCGUGCUGCUGCAAGACCAGGAAGAGAGAAGGAAGCUGGGCAAGGCUCAUCUGAAGAAGGCCAUCAUGAGGCACGAGGAAGCCAUGCGGAUCCAUGGGCUGUGCAAGAUCCUGAGGAAGAUGGAUAUCCUCCAAGAGGUGCUCUCCUUCGCUCACAAGCGCUCGCUGAGCAAGUACUCGGACAUCGACCACGAGGAGGACUUCUUCGAAACCGGAGAUGCCCCCGACAUUCACCCCAAAACGCAUCAGAGACCAGAAAUCAAAUCUCCCAACUUCUCCCAGGCAAAAGUGACUGACAUCUUCCAUCGACUGGUACGUACAAGGGGGCCUCUGACAGUUUUCUCAGCCAAAAACAAGUGGCACCCGGCACGGAAAGUUCACCUGGUCCGAGGAGAGAGCGGCUUUGGAUUCACGCUUCGAGGGGAUUCCCCUGUGCUCAUUGCCGGAGUGAUAUCCGGGGGCUGCGCAGCGGAAGCUGGGCUGAAAGAAGGAGACUUUAUCAUCUCUGUGAAUGGCAAGGACUGCAGAUGGUCGAAGCACGCAGAGGUGGUGCAGCUGCUGAAGAUGUUCUGGGACUUGAUGGACAGGAAGUCGGCUGCCAUGUCCUCGGGCGGCAGCCUGCUGAAGAACAACAAGGAGAACAGCCGCAAGAGCCUCAUGAACAGCAAGAGCGCCAGCACGCUCCUGGCCUGGAAGAAAAGCAAGCGCAGCAAGAACAGCACUUACAGCCUCCCCUUUGCUGCGGUCGGGGACAAUGAGGCCACGUACUGAGACCCAGCCCAGCUGGGUCCCAGCUGUGGAUAAUGGGCCUCCCGGCACGUCGGGGCUGGCCCUUACCUGGGAAGCCAGAGAAGGCAGCGAUGCCCUAUCACCCAGAGAUGGUCUGGUAUCGGUGCAGUGAGCUGAUCUCCUUGUGCAGGCAGGUGUAGACUGCCUAGCUGACCCCCAAGGCCUGGGGAUAGCUGCAUGAGGCUGGAUUCUCACAGACCAGGGUGGAUGGUGCACGCACGUGCCGCUGGUGAACAGCAGGCACCUCUGCCUGUGCACUAACGUGCAACUGGAUGGUUCUGACUCUUCUGCCUCCUGCUUUAAUACAAGUCAGAAUUGCAGGGCUGAUCUGCAGCCUUCUGCCCUUCGGUAAACUCAAGAACUGUCAACACCAGCCAUAAAACACGCUGUAGAGCUCCGCUGGCUCUUCAGUCUUUACCCUACAGCAUGUGCCAAUGUUGGGAUCACUUAUAAGCAGCCAUUAGCAGAGCCAAGGGGCUCGGCAGCUGGUUUACAUAGUGCAGAGACCAGAGUUCCUGAACUUCGUCAGAGAAGGGGGGAAGAAUGAGAUGGGUAGAGCUGCUGGGAACUCAUCGUGGAGUAUGUCCAGGGUUUCCCAGUCCAGCGUGACCAUCUACCGGCAGACUGGAGGGAGGGACAGCAAGUGUAGGAAGCCAGUCUGGUCAGUCCAGAGUGCACACCAAAUUUCCAAUCAGCUCAGAGCAGCUGGGGAUAAGAGUAGGGAUGUUUCUUACCACGCAAGGGCUCCUUGGGCUGCUGAGUGAGUCAGCCAAGGCCACCAUUAAGGUAUUGGACAAGUUCACAUGAACCCCAUUGUGCAGGACCUGCUGUCUGUGGGGAUCCUGCCCAGCUCAGCCUGCAAGGCAGGGCGCUGUGUAGACAGCAGAUGCAAAUCUUGAAUGUGUGUGUGAGGGCUGACUGUUCAGACAGCUUCCCAGGGGGGCAGUACAUGGGUGAGUGUUUGGUAGAAACUCCAUGUGACUAUUUGAUGGCCACAGGAUAACGCCUCUAGUUGGCCCCAACCCAUUUGUGGAUAUGAAACGCAUGCUGGUGGGAAAGCGCCCCCAGGUUGUUAAUACUGUAGAACUUAGCAAGUGGAUUGACCAAAUCAGGAACCGCUUUGUGCUCUUAUGUGUCGCUACCAGUUCCAUUCAGUGAUAGUUAGAUGAGCCAUGUUGAUACCUUUACACUGCAGGGUUCCCCAGUGUGUGCAAAUGAGCCCAAGCUGGCUUUGAACUAGCUCUCAGUGCCUGAUAGCAGGCACACAAGUGGGGAGUUAACACGGGCCACCCAAACCCACGUGGGUACGUGCACAGACAUUUCAUCCUGCUCAGAGGUUCCAGCUUCUGCGGCUGCAGUGCCCAUGCUGGCCAGUUUAAAGCCAGCUCAGAUGGCUGCUUCACGACGCCCGUUGUAGCCGGACCUCUUGUCACUGGGAGAGGUUUGGGAGCUGUGGCAGGGGGCAGGUGUAGGAUGUUGUAGCCAUGUAGACACCGGUGCAGACUCCUGAUCCGGCCCAGCCCUGAGCACAUGAUUAAAGGCUUCAUUCAAUAUAGGCCCAGAUGCAUUAUUUUAAUGCAAUGGUUCGCAACCUUUUUAGAGCCAGGGUGCCCUCCAACACUGUUUUGAAUAGGGCAACAGCCCCAAGUGAGAACCACCGUUGUGCUGCCUCAGCUUACUUCAGUGGUUCUCAACCAGGUGUUGCCUCACCUGGUGUUAUCAGAAUAGCCUAAAGCAGUUGGGUAUGGUGGCAUACCCGAUGGUUUUCACGACCUGUGCAAAACUCCCUGUGCAGCGCUGGUGGCAGGGAAGGAAAGCGACCUCAUCUGCCCUAGGUUUCCCUGCACUUCACCCCUUUGGCCGAACAGUACAAAUGACUGCAGCUGAAGCGCACACUCUGCCAUAGCCCUGUGGGUGCAUCCCGGCAUGCCCCUUCCAGAAACAGGUGCGGUACAGUUCCACCUGCCCGGUGUGUCUCUGUUUGUGGAGUCAGACCGGGAGGGCCACAGGAAGAGCAUGGGCUCCAGCCACAGUUACUUCCCAAUGUCUCCCCAGGGGCAGUUCACCUGGCCACUGGGGCACCCCUGAAAGGGUCUUGCACCACCCCAGAGUGGUGAUUCAUGCCCAGGACUCUGCAAUAAUAAAGGGGCUCCAUUUGCACUGCAGCAACGUGGAUCUUUACUCAAGUGCAGUGUAUUGCGUGCUGAUGCUUGCAGCCACGAGGUGCAUUGCUUGCUUGCUGUUGGAAAAUUCCCUGAGCACACGGAGCUUCCUGGUGUCCCCUCCAAAUGAACCCCAUGACAACUCCCAUCCCAGCCUUCAGGCCCCCUGGUUGAGAACCGCAUUAAUGGAUGUGCAGGGCAUGCAUCGUCUGCCCAGGAAACGCAGUCCAGGGACAUACAUUGCUCUUUGGGCUGAAAAGGGAAAGACGUAGCCACCCAGUCAUGACCGUAUUUUCCACAAGCAGAUGCGGAUUGCUUUUAUCAUGCAGAUAAAUUAACAGCAAAAAGGCUUGCCGCUUGAUGUGCCCAAGAUUAAAAUCCCAAGGAGAGAACACCUUCAAAUGAUUAACUUACUAAAUGUAGCCCCGAAUGUCAGAUCUCACGCUGGUUGCUAGUGCCCUUCCUUUGUGUGCUCUCGGCUUUCCUAACAGCAAUGACCUGAUUGAUACGUGUAUCUUAGCAGUUGUAGUGGAAACGCCGGCAGAAUCAAGCAGACGCGCUCCAGAUGUGUACAUUUUUUAUUAUUAUUUUCCAUUCCCUGUCUGUGUUGUGCAUUAUUUCUUCUUUGAAGGUUACGGAGAUGUCUCAUCCGGUUGAGUGCUCAACUGCUCUCGGUAGGUAUAAAAUACCCUUUGGAGAUGUAAUUGUAUUUUUGUACUUUAAGUCGUGGAAAUGCUAUAGCGACAGAUUAAUGGAAUAAACCAACCGCGCAGGCUCCUCAGGCUGAGAGAUAACCUUCCCCGUUAGCCGCCUUUCCUUUGGGUCUGUGGAGCACAACGCUCCUGUGCGAAGCCAUUCAUCUUCUUUUUAUCUAAGAAAAAUAAAUAAAUAAAACAGUGGUUUUUACCCCUGGAAAAGCA